AUGGGCGCCGCCGCCGCUUAUUUGGCGUGCGUCGGCGGCGCCUCCGUCAGUCGCGGCUCUGGGCUGACGGCGCCCGAGCCGGUGGCGGCGUCCCCGCUCCGCCCGCCGUCCUCGGAGCGCCCGUCUGGCCGACCCCGAGCCGCCGCCGCCGCCGCCGCAGCAGCCCUCUCCCGGUCCGCCAUGUCGCGGAGCGGGACCCCCGGGCUGCAGGAGGAGAACCUGCAGGGCUCCUGGGUAGAAUUGCACUUCAGCAAUAAUGGGAACGGGAGCAGUGUUCCAGCCUCAGUUUCUAUUUUUAAUGGUGAAAUGGAAAAAAUACUGCUAGAUGCCCAGCAUGAGUCUGGACGGAGCAGUUCCAAGAGUUCUCACUGUGACAGCCCGCCUCGCUCACAGACCCCACAAGAUACUAACAGAGUUUCUGAAACAGAUACCCAUAGCAUCGGAGAGAAAAACAGCUCUCAGUCUGAGGAAGAUUAUAUGGAGAGAAGGAAAGAAGUUGAAAGCAUCUUGAAGAAAAACUCAGACUGGAUAUGGGAUUGGUCAAGUCGGCCAGAAAAUAUCCCCCCCAAGGAGUUCCUCUUCAGACACCCAAAGCGCACAACCACCCUCAGCAUGAGAAACACGAGCGUUAUGAAGAAAGGGGGCAUUUUCUCCGCAGAGUUUCUAAAAGUUUUUCUUCCCUCUCUGCUGCUGUCUCAUCUGCUGGCCAUUGGACUGGGGAUCUAUAUUGGACGGCGUCUGACAACCUCCACCAGCACCUUCUGAUGAAGAACUGGAAUCCAGCUUUUUUCAUGGAGCGGGAUUUAUAUCGGAGCUUGCAGCAUAGCUAACUGAAGAGCUCUCUUGGUCCUUGGCUGGCUGCACCACUUGUGUUUAUUUGUUCUGUAAAUGUGGCGUUGCUAAUUUAGUGAAAUGAAAGAUAGACACUAAAACCAUGCUAAUCUAUAAUCAUACCUAUGGGAUCAAUUAAUAAGCAUGUCAUAUUAAUAUCUACUGUAAUAAUUUGGUAGUAAAUUUUCUUUGGAUGUUAUAAAUAUCUAAGUAUGAAUAAUUUUAACAUACAAGUCAUGAUGUACGUAGUAUUUUAACAAAAAUUAUCUGCAACCUUAAUUUGGUUAGAACACUUUAUAUUUUGGAAGAAUGAAUAAUGUUGAUAUUAAAAUGACUACAUAAGGGGUUUAUCCCAAAUAAAUAUUGUGGCCUUAUAUUCACACUACUGUAGGAAAUACUAUAUUUAAGGGGGCGCAGGAUAGUGUAGUAAAGACUACACUCAGCUCUGCUCGUUGUUCUUUGUUAUGUAGUGAGUAGAACCCGGGGCACACACAGACUUGCUGUGUGGUCAGACACUGGACUGCUUGCUUUGCAGGGUGAUGGCUUCAGUCUCUGACUGUUAGUAGCCACCCUGCGUGGUCAGUCUUCUGUCCCAGGCACCUGCCAAGCUGAGUACCUUACUCUUUAUCACUCAAGGUUGCUGAAUUUAGUCUUAUCCUUUGUGUUCAGUUUUUGUGUGCUCUUAGAAUUAGCUUCAUUCUAAGGAAAUGUGUCUACUUUAAAAGACUGGAAAUAGAAAAAAAUAAACCUUUGCCAAACCUUCCUAGAUUACUUACACAUGGUUGAAAACAAAACGUCAUAAAAGCUUUUUGAUGAAACCAGGCAUAUUCCCCUCUGUCACAUUCUUUAUCUUUUCUACAGCAUGAUUUUUAAAAGGCUGUGUCUUUGAUAUACUGUAUAUAUGCUGUUGGGUAUUUGUUUGAGUUUUUCCACACUAAAUUAGUUCUGCUAAAAUAAAUAACAUUUUAAUUUUUUAA